CUGUACGGCUACCAAAAGCAUCAUUUUUUGCUUUCUUCAGAAAAGAGCUUAAUUCUCGGUCAGAAUAAUUCUACGAAAAUUUGUUGACGACAUGAAUACUUUUUCAGUAAUUUUGUUGCUUUCUACAGUUUACUUUGCUUCCGCGGUAAGUUAAUGUGCAAGAGUGUUUUUCUUUUUAUAGUUUACUAUGUAUAAUAAAUGAAACAGUUUAACAUAUGGCAAUGAUUAGGGUUGAUUUGUACAUGCUUGACUAAUUAGCUUUUUUCUCGGCCGAGUCUCCACACCACGAAAUACAACGUUUUAGUAUUUUAGUUGUUUGUUUUAUGGUAAAUUUACAGUUACAACUUUUAAAGUCGCUUUUCACGUUGUUCGAAUUGUCUAGAAUCUUUCAAGAGGGCAGACAGUACCCAAAAAGUGGCGUAUUUUGGCCUUCGUGAGAAAGGCUAAUUAGGGUACCUGCAUGUUUUGUAUAAUACAGUGCCCUUUUCGAUUUCCAGUUCUCACUUUUAGUUUACUCAGCUGUUCGACGACGUGCUGUUCCCAUACGGUUGUCUGAUCAUUAUUUCGGAUAAUUCCAGAUGGCUCUUACUGGAGCUUUGAGGCAAACACUUUAGAAGAACUGAUUGUGUUAUCCAUGCAGAUUAUGCAAAGUUAGUUUGCCUCUGAUCUUUAGAAGCCCAUUUGCAGUACCAUGUGUUAACCAAAGUAGGAUGACUCUUUCUGGACCUCUAGGAAGAACUGUUUAGCGUUAUCGAGUGUUCAUUUUAUUUACAGCUCAUGCAUAAACAGUGUGUUAUAUUUUCAGCAGAGUAAUGCUUGCGGUGGUUGUGCUUCAGGUUAUUCGUGUAAAUUGAUCUUCACGGCAACAAUUGGUGAUCAUACUUACAAGUAUAGCCAAUGUGUUGAGAACGGUGAAACUGUUGAGACCCAUGAGCUUCUGAAACCUUCAUCAAAUGAUGCAUCUGUGAAUUUCCGACGUGGCCUCUUUAGGGUAAGUAAUAUACUCUUAAUUGGAAUGUUUGUUUUAAUCCUCAUUAACAGUUUGUGAAGAAAACACGGGGAAAAUAUGAUGAGCGUGAGCUUGGUAGAUUUAUUACAAUCUAAUAUGUUGCUUAAUUUUUAGACCUGUACACCUGAAACUGUGGCUGUAGAUUGUGGUAAGGAAAGAUGCUGUCUUGGUGGAAAAUAUUGUUCUCCUUAUCUUUUCAAGUAUAUUCCUUGUAAUCUGAAGGUGAGUUGGAUUGUAAUGAUGAAUGUGGUGGUGGUAUGAUGGUGUCUAUGAUGGUGGUCAGUUUGGCUGGUGAUGUCCUAGACUCCUAGUGAUGGUAAAAAUAAUGGCAAAGGUGAUAUCUAAGAACAUAAUGGGCUAAUAUAAUACGUUGAACUAUCUACCUGUCUUCCAUUUUACAGAAUGUUCACAAGUGUCCUUGUAGUGACGGCCUUGUAUGCAGAUUUACCUACAACAUCAAGAUACCAGUUGUGGGAAUAACUCUGAGUCUCAAGCAAUGUAUGGAGCCUGAGGACAAUAACGAAGUCAAGGAAGUCGAGAUGACUGAAUGAUGAUGUUAGAUGACUUCGGACACUGUUAGUUUUCAAAAGCUGAUGUAAAAAAUGUAAUGAUCUAGCAGUUGUCUCUGAAUAAAUAAAAUUCAUCAAGUGAAG